AUGUCCAGUCCUAAGCGAAGAAUCGAGACAGAUGAUGUAUGCCCGCCAGUUCCCCUCCUCUCUCCCGACCUGAUCACACUCUACGGCACCAAAGACCAUGAACUCGACCCACGAUGUUUGAUUGUUGGAACAUGUCUGAUGAUAGGGAGUACUAUGGCCUCACGGACAACUUGCUCAAAUGCUAAUCGAACACUAGUGCAAGAAUUCUAUGUGCGCUUCAAGGGUCCCGAAGAGACACCAUUUCAAGGUGGUCAUUGGAAAAUCCACGUCGAGUUGCCCGAUCAGUACCCAUACAAGAGCCCCAGCAUAGGAUUCGUCAAUCGCAUUUUCCAUCCUAAUAUUGAUGAGCUGUCCGGCUCUGUCUGUCUCGAUGUCAUCAACCAAACAUGGUCACCCAUGUACGACAUGAUCAACAUCUUCGAAGUCUUUCUGCCUCAACUACUCCGCUACCCUAAUCCCUCCGAUCCUCUCAACGGCGAAGCUGCGGCAUUGAUGAUGCGGGAACCAAAGGGCUACGAGGCGAAGGUGAAGGAAUACGUCGCCAAAUACGCUAGCAAGGAAGCCGUUGACGAAGCAGGCGAAGAUACUGAGUCCGAGGACGAGCUCAGUUCCGCGGGCAGCUACGAUUCUGGUGGCGAAGAGCCCGCCGGCGCAAUGGACGAUGUCUAA